AUGCAUACAAGCGUAUCAGCCGCCAGCUUGCUGGCUAUAACCACUUUCGUUUCAACAGCACUUGCUUCACCGAUAGUCGGAACCCCCUCUACUCCUGCAAAACGGGCCAAUGGGCUGGAAUUGGCUGUCUACUGGGGACAAGGGCCAAGCCAGAAUCGCCUGGCAGAUUUCUGCCAGGACAGUGCCUUUGAUGUCAUUCCUAUUGGGUUUGUUAAUACCUUCCCCGACCAGGCGGGCAACAAUGGAUUCCCUGGCACCAACUACGGCAAUGCUUGUGGUAGUCCAUAUUGGAAGGCUCCCGAUGGCACGCAGACGAAGAUGUUCACGAGCUGUUGGCAAAUCGCAGAAGACAUACCUGUGUGUCAAGCGGCAGGCAAGAAGAUCCUCGUGUCAAUAGGAGGUGAUAGUCCCGGCAACUUCAUCGCCUCGCAAGCUUCCGCGCAAGCAUUUGCAGAUUUUCUCUGGGGCGCAUAUGGUCCAGCACAAGAUACCACCGAGACAGCGUUCCCCAGGCCCUUCGGAACCGAUAUUAUCGUUGACGGAUUCGAUCUGGAUAUUGAAUCUGGAGGUGAUGCUUUCUACUCUGAUUUGGUCAACGAGCUGAGGGCCAAGUUCGCAACCUACACGGCUAAGAGAUUUUACAUCGCUGGUGCGCCGCAGUGCGUUGUACCGGACGCGCAUUUGGAUAGCGCCAUUACGAACUCUGACUUUGACUAUGUAUUCGUACAGUACUACAAUACCGACAGCUGCUCGGCUGCUUCGUUGUUCUCAUCUGGCUCCUUGAGCACGACUACUGAUCUCUCAUACGGCUGGGUCAACUGGCUCCAACAGAACUCAAAGAACAAGAACGUGAAAUUGUUUGUCGGUCUUCCAGCCUCCUCUUCGGCAGCUCAUGCUCAAGACUAUCUUGAUCUCAACAAGGCGCAGGCCCUGAUCACAGCGUAUGCCUGCGGAGCGCAGUAUUCGUCAAUAUUUGGAGGUGUGAUGGUUUGGGAGGCGACUUUCUCAAACAACAACCAGAUCAAUGGUCAGAGCUAUGCUCAAAAUAUCAAGAAUAUCAUCAAUGGUAUUUCGUGCCCUGGUCAGACUACAACUACAACGACGACAACGACGUCAAUUACCACCACGACCACCACCACAUCUACCACGACCUCGACCACAACGUCAACUACUACUACGACUACCACCACCACCGUGCCCACGACAACAACAACUACCGCCACCGCCACCACCACCACUGUGCCCACGACGACGACCACAUCCACCACCACCACCGUGCCUACGACGACCACAUCCACCACCACCACUGUGCCCGUGACAACGACUACUACAACCACCACCACUGUGCCCGUGACAACGACUACUACAACCACCACCACUGUGUCUACGACGACAUCUACCACUACUACUGUGCCUGCGACAUCCACGACGACGACGACGACGACGACGACUGCCGCUGCUGUUCCAACGACGACCUCGACCACCACAAGCACUGUCCAGACAACCACUACAACCUCGAACUCUCAAAUUGGACCAAUUGGUGGCUCGACAACUAGCAGUACCAGUACUUGGGUUUGGCCGACAACAUCUAGCAGUGUGAGCACCACGACCUCGGGCUCUGAAGUUGGCCCGAUCGGCAGCACCACCACAACUGCAUCGACCUGGACGUGGACGAAUUCCACCACCUCGUCCUCCGCUGUCGGUCCUGUAAGCCAGAGCACCACGACCUCGAGCUCGAUUUCCGCGCCAUGGGAAGACUGGACCACCACCGUAGCCACCACGACCUCCGCCGUAGUCAGCCCGAUCAGUCAGACCACGACGACGUCUAACAGUGCACCAUGGGAGGACUGGACCACCACCACCACAGCAGUCACCACGCCUGCAUCGACGACUGUUGCUCCAGAUUCCACAGUCACCGUCAUCACGACAAAGUACAUCGAUGUCUGCCCGACCGGCUUGAUCACGAAGACCAUCACCCUGACAACGACGAUUCCUGUUCAGGCAACGUCUACAUCGUUUGUGUGGCCUACCGGACCAAAUGGAUGGCCGUCUGGUUUUACCACCACUGUCGCCGCUUGCACGGCGUGCGGCCCAUCAACUAUCACAGUCACCCUGACGAUCCCGAUACCGACAGCCACUGCUGCCAUCACGGAGACGGUUGUCCCUGUCGCAUCCACCCCCGCUGGCUUUGCAGAGAUCAGCCCACCAGGGACGUUGUUCACCGUUACCGGACCGAUUGUCACUGAUACACGUCCUGCCCCGUCCACCAUCCCCGUGGUGUCUACACCCGUGGCGCCCGUCGCCCCGGUAGUCCCAACCUCGUCGUCGACUGUGUCACAGGUCGUGGCUCCUGUCGCCACAUCCCAGGGCGGCAACAGCGCCUGGCUGGGUGUCUCGGGCCCUGCAUCCCCUACCUCGACCGGCUCGAACUCAAGCCCGGUCUCCCCCGCCGUUGCAACGUUCACUGGUGGCGCCACUUCACAGCAAUUGCCCGGCGCGACAAUGAGCGUUGCAUUCGGAGCGCUCGUCGCCAUUGUGGGUCUGAUGUUUUAA